AUGUCUCCGCGACUUGUAUCAUCACUAUGGGUGAUUAUACUGUUUCUUAAUUUUGGUCAGGCUGCUGUUCUUUUUUCAAAUUCAACCACUUCCGCAACCCCGGCAUCUACAGUAUCAGCAUCUAUCCCUUCUACAAUCACACCUUCCGCUACUCUUUCAUAUGCAAAUGUUCAAUCAACGACACAGUUUUUUCCUAUUACUCCUGGGCCAUACUGGGGAAACCAAUCCAUUCCAAUCAAUACCUGCACAGAAUGGAAUCUUAAUGGAAUCACUCCCCAAUUGAUCUGGACGCCAUGUCAUAUAUUCGCCGGAACAGUCCAAUUGUCAUACUUUCCUCAAGCAAGUGGAAAUAUAUCCUACCCCUCCACAUAUUACAAUGAAGCUAUAGGGAUUACAAUGACUUCUCCAUCAAUGUACAUGGUCAUAAAUACCAUUAGUGGAUAUAAUAGUUGUGGUCAAGUUGGUCCAACAAUGAGCAAUGUAAUUAUUUCGAUGAAUCCUAGCGAUGUCUCUACAAUUGCCCGCUACACGGCGUCUGAUCAGCAAGUCAAUACAACGCCAGCUGCGCUGCUUACUCUGAGCGAUAUCAUUUCAGGAUGUUCAACAAUUACAUUGACCGAAUCUUCGACUAACGGUGCUAUCCAAAGUAUGCAUGCUAUGGACAAUGACUAUAAUAGAUGUUUUCCUGCCCUGGCUAUCCCUACACCCCAGAUUGAAUCACUUGGACUACCAUAUUUUAGACACUGUGGCCAAGAUAAUGCACGACUUGGUCUUUUUGAUCCACCAGGAGCUGUACCCCCCGUCAACGCACUUCUUCCUGUCACAUCAGCAACUCCAGCAACUUCAACUUCAAUUCCAGCGAGUACCGCUAAAUCACCAUCACCAAGUCAACCAUCAAAAACAUCCACUGUCAACUCUCCUUCUAGCACAUCCACUUCUGAUGUUCAAGUCCCAAAAUCUAGUUCAGUGCCUUCAGAUACUAGUGUUCCACCCUUAGAGGCAUCGUCAUCUAAUGUACUCUCAACUUCUGUUUUAGCUGUACAAGACCCAACUACUACCGUUGAUUCACCACAGCCUGUAUCGUCAGUACCUGUUAUCCCAGCCAACACACCAAUUCCAAUCGCAACAAUUGCUUCUUCAGUCAUCUCCGUGAUUCCUGGUGACUCGACAGUAGUUAUAGGAGACCAGACUGCCUCUUUAGGUGGAGCUCCUAUUACCAUUUCUUCUUCCAUUGUUCAACUCACGCCAUCUGGCUUGGUCAUUGCAAAUGAAAAUGAAGACCCAUCCCAAUCAAGUAUUUACACAAUUCCAACCACUACGGCCGUCGCAUCAGCGGUGUCGCCAAGUAAAAUCGCUACUCUCGCUGGUGGAGAAAUUAUCUCGGCAAUUCCAGGUGCAUCGACUUUAAUCGUGGCCGGUCAAACAAUUACUUCCGGUGCUCCAGCAAUAACACUCUCGGGUUCCGGUUCAAUUGUUAGUCUUGGGUCUCAAGGUCUUGUAGUCCAAGAAUCGAAUGGAGUCGUAUCAGCCUACAGUAUCCCAACUGCUGCACCCGUACCUGCAGUUGUAUCGAGCGCGAUUGCUACUCUUGCAGGAGGCGAGAUUGUUUCUGUAGGGACUGAUGCAUCAAACUUGAUUCUCGGUUCCCACUCCCUCGUUGUCAAUGGCCCAGCGAUCACACUCUCCAAUUCAGCUGUCGCCACCCUUGGUGCUGCGGGUUUAAUCGUGCAAUAUGCUGGAAGCAUUGUAUCCACCAUUCCUCUUUCUGCCGCAACGUCUCUACCAAUUCAUUUGGCAAUAUCAGAAGCCUCUGUUACGGAAAUUCGAACCAGCGAAAUAGUAAUUUACAGUUCCGGAAAGCCUGUAUCAACAUAUUACAGUACUUUGACUGACACUACUUCCAUCACCGAAAUUCGAACUAGCGAAAUAAUAGUCUAUAGUUCGGGCAAGCCGGUGUCGACAUUCUAUAGCACCUACUCAAGUUCAAAAAAUGUAGCCAUCAGUGGCAGUAGUACUACAAGCCCUGCAAGCGAGCCCGAUAUUCUGGCUAUUGAAACUGGAAAUAGAGGUGCUAGCUCGACUUCAACUAAAAGUGCGGACACAUUUGCUAUUACUAAUAUUGUCUUCAAUGGUGGUGUUGAUGGUUCGAAGAGAGGGUUAAUUAAUGGAUUAAAUUUUGUGGGAUUACUGGGCGUAUGGGGAGUGAUGAAUACUUUCUGA